ACGUGGCACACACAGUGACACACGAACCAUCCAGGCAGCUGAACCCGGACCAGCAGCAGAAACAGAAAUGUAACAGAUGGAUUAGAAAAUUAUGUGCCUCGGCUUUUCAUCAACAUGUUCCCGGGAGUUUUCUAUGCAUUGCUGGCGGGUUUCCUAGGGGCCGUGGCGUCGUCGUCGGCCAAACUGUCCCUCGGAGCCGACUACCUGAAGGGAGUCUGUGAAACCGGACUCCGGACGUGGGGAGAGCAGCGGAAAUUCAGACAAGCGGACGAAACUACCGCCUGCGACCGGCUCCACAUCCCACUGAGGCUGCUGUGUGGCGGUCUGCUUUUCACCUGCAAUGCUGUGAUGUGGACCUUCCUUGCCAAAGCACUCAGGUACUCCUCUUCCUCCACCCAAACCACUGUGACCACCACCGCCUCCAACUUCAUAUCUUCCGCUUUUCUGGGCCAGCUGAUCUUUGGUGAAGCCCAGAUAACGUUGUGGUGGGUUGGGAUCUCCCUGACCUUCUCAGGUCUGUUGGUGCUGCAGAGGGUUUCACCGCAGGAUGGGCAACAUGACGCAGACGCCAAGGACGAAUAAUAUGUCUUGUCUCCACUAGAGUUCAGCCUGGUUUCAGCAUCUCCUCAGAUUUUAAAAUCUAGCCAAAGGAAACUGAAUAGUGACGAAUUAGUUCACCUGUUGUCCCUCAAUUACUAAUUUUUAUCAAACAAAUUGUUUCGUAAUAAACUAAAUGCUUCUCAAAAUGCAUCUUUCCUCGUUAAAAAGGAGAUGCUUUAUUUAUAAUGUUCCUAGUUAUCCUUUGGAUUGCGUUUUGUGGCCAUGUAGGCAGAGAAACACUGCAUGCUCAUUUUUUUGGACCUGUUCUAAAAAUCAGAGGAGGUGUUGACCUUCAGCCAGUCUGGCCAAGGCACAGCGACAGUCUGGCUAGUGGAGACAAGCUAACGGAUGCCUGUGCCCAGCUUCCCAGAUGCUCUAACAUCAUCUUUCUACAGAGGCUGACAAUGAAGCAAAAAGUAUACUAGCUUUACUUUUGGGGAAUCUUUCAGUCAACAGCAGCACAACAACCCAUAAGCUAAGAGAACAGGUGUGAGGAAAGGGAAGAGACUAAAGGUAAAGAUAUUAAUUUGACAUUUUGGGAAAUACACUUAUUUGUUUUCCUGAGAAAAAUUAACACCACUCUUACGUCUGUAUAGUAUGAAGCUGAUGCCAGUGUCUGGUUAGCUUAGCUUAGCAAAACCAGUAGAAGAAGGAAACAGCUAACCUGGCUCUGUUGGAAGCUAACACCAGCACCUUUAAAGCUCAUUCAUUAACAUGUUUUAUCUUGUUGGUUUAAUUCUAACGCCCAGUAAAACCACAGGUUUUUUUUGGACAGAGCCGGGCCGGCUGUUCCCCUCAUUUCCAGUUUUAAUGCUAAGCUAACCAAAACCAUCUCAUGGCUGUAGCUUCACAUUUAAUGUACAAAUAUGAGUGGUAUCAAUCUUCACUUCUUCACACACAAGAAAAGGAAAUAAGUGCAUUUCUCAAAAAAAUAUUCCUUUAAAGGAAGAGACAUACACAGACACAGAAGAGACAAAUAACAUAAUUGGCUAUGUGCCUGAUGUCACCAUCAAUCAGCGUGUGCAUUAUGUUUCUCAGCCGUCAGAUCACCAAAGCUUUCUUAAUUCCCACAUUUCCUUAAGUUACUCUGACACUCACUGUAAACUGACGUUUCAUGCAUGCUCAUGGCGAAGUUAUGAAAGAAGCACUUAGCUAUUGAGGUGAACUUGUAUUUACCCAAGUAAUAAUAUUAAUGUAGCGCAGAAAAGCUCACACUUGGGUCUUUCUUCUACUUUUCAUUUGCCUUUCUUGACAGUUUCAACCUCAAGAUAUGAGCAUGACACGUUUUGAUUCAGAGGCAGCUGCUUUUCCACUUCAUGACAGAUGUGUGCAUGUUCUUAAUGAGGUUUGACCUCAAAUAUCUCACACCAAAGCAUCUUGGAACAUCAGUCCACACAUCAGAGUGUCGUCCCUAUAAGCUGCUUUAUGUUAUUAACUCACCAACUUGUAACUUAAGUGUCUAAACUGUCUCUCAAGCCAAAGAGACAUCAAAUGGGCUCUUGAUUGCCUGUUAAGCAUUAUGCGCCCUGCAUUUGCAAUCUCACAUCCUGUCCAUUGCCCAUCAUCUCUCUGGGUAGACACUUGCCUUCAUUAAAAGCUUCCCUCUACAUUCCUGGAGUUUUCAGUGAGGGUGCAAUAACAUUUAACUUCCUUUAAAUCUCAUAACACUGUGAUGAGUGUAACAGCAAAGGAGCUUUGAGCAUUAAUAAUUGAGCAUAGAGAAUGGCAAUACAUUCUGGAGGAACGUUACCGUUAUCUUAAAUCAGAUACUGUAUGAUACAGGGGAUUGUCUGAACAUGACAUUAUGGGUUGCUUUAUUGAACAGUAUUUUAAGAUCAUAUUUGCUGUUUGGAUACAUAUCAUAAUAUAAAUGCAUAAUGGUAGCUGUAAUACCUGUCUGUAAUAUUCCACAGCAGCAAUGCACAAUUAUAUAUCAGAUGUCUUUCCAGCCGCUGCUGUGCAGGUUUUGUAUCUUACAUGCAUCCCUAUUAAUGUGACUGCAGUGACAAUGUGAUUAUACAGCUCUCAUGUCAAAGGCCGACUAAGUGAUGUUUUGCAGCAGGGCUGUACUCACCACGCAAGAUUCUUUAGCAGUGGAGAUCACACACAGCCACGCGAAGGUCAAUUCAGCUGUUUGUGCCUCCACGAUUUGGAUCCUGGGUGUGUUGCAUUACUUAAAAGAAUAGUCAAACAUUUUGGGAAAGUUAGAUCAGAAGACUGACAACACUCUCAUAUCUGUGGUAAAUAUAUAGCUGCAGCUAGUAGCUUAGCAUAAAGACUGCUAACAGCUAGCCUACAAGCACCUUUAAAGCUCACAAACGAAGACAUUAUAAAUAUUUUGUUUAAUCUGUACAGAAAACAGCAAUGUAAAAACAACAAUUUGUGGUAGUACAGGUGGUCAAGUGCUGCACUACGUCUUCCUGGAGUCUUGUCCCCACUGUGAGCUUUAAAGUUAUCAAACAUGUUCAUUAGUGAGCUUUAGAGGUGCUCGUAGCCAUUUCCCUGUUUACAGUCUUUAUACGAAGCUAACCAGUCCACCUUCAUAUUUACUGGACAGUAAUGAGAGAUGCAUUAAGUUGUGGUUUUAUUGGAGGUUAUGUGCCAGACUAUUUCUUAGCUGGGGGCAGUUACCAAGCAACCAGCUACUGGCAUAAAUAAUUGCCCGGCAUAUAAACCACAAUUUGACAUUUUUAUACUUGUGUGAUAAGUACAUAUAACAUGUUAGUUAGUGAUCUUUCGAGGUGUUGCUAGGUAGAUUUUGUGAACUUUAGAUAGAGCCAGACUAGCUGUUUCCCCCAAUUCCAGGCUUUAUGCUAAGCUAAGCUAACUGGCUUCUGGUUGCAGCUUCAUAUACUAUAAAAGAGUGGUAUUGAUUUUCUUAUCUAACUUUCAGCAAGAAAGUGUUUUGUAUAAUGUGCAUUUCCCAAAAUAUCAAACUAUUCCUUUAACGUACCGUUAAUAUCUGUAAUGUUUGCUUUUGAAUCUGAAGGUUUUUGAUGCCUGGCUUUCCUCCAGUUAACGGCAUGAUAUGAGGGUAAACCAUCUACCUGUGAAUCCAGUCUCACUGUAAUAUAACGAGUCAGAGUUUUGCAUUACCCAUAAUUUGUAGCUCUGUGACAGCUGCAUGGCCCUGAGUGUGAUGUACUUAUAUAUGUGUGCACAUAAACUGUAGAUGUGGUUGUACGAGAAAUUAAAAAAAACACUCAAAUAUGAUGUUGACCUGACAA